AUGAAGAAAUUUAGAGGUUUUAAACUUGGUCGGAGAAUUGCAAGAGUUUUUAAAUGGAUAAUCCGACCACAUAAAAAACCCACCCGUUUAUGCUCCUUGAAUUGCCAGUCAACUGUGUCAUUUAAUCCAAUCUCCAAACUCCUGAAUUUGGCCCGUAAAUUAGGAAGUCCGAACCGAGAUUAUAUCCGGUUAGGACAGGCGAAGAAUCAGGCGGCAGAGGUACCAAAAGGACACUUGGCGAUUUACGUAGGCGACAAAAAUGGCGAUUCGCGGCGGGAAGUGGUGCCGGUGAUUUACUUUAAUCACCCGCUGUUUGGGAAGCUGUUGAAGGAUUCGGAGCGGGUAUACGGGCAUGAUCAUCCGGGUGGGAUAAAGAUACCGUGUGGGUAUUCGGAGUUUGAGAAAGUGAAAAUGAGAAUCGCGACAUGGUAUGACUGUACUACCACUACUUCUCCCAGGUGGAAGCAACAAUAUAAGCAUUUGUGA